AUGUCCAUUAUGAAGCAAAGGCUACCAUUGGGAGAGUUUUCCAGCUCGAAGAUCAACAAGCUGGCAAUUGCCAACAUUGCAGACGCCACCGAACCUAGAAGUCGUGGAGAAAACAGUGUGGGUGCCGUGUGCCUUCCCUCCAUCAAGAGUUUAAUGGUCAGUCCCGAAGUAUACGACGGCACAAAGAGCCUGCCUGUUCCCUUGAUAGGAGGCGGUGGUGGAAGUGGGAUGAGCCAUGGUAAGCAGUCCUCCCAGAAUGAAGUUCACCCAGAGGCAAUAAGCAGAGAUUAUUCCGAGCUGUCAAAAAAGUUACAAAUUCGUUUACAGUUUGCUUACUAUAAGUAUAAGACUAAGCAGACGAACAAGAAUUUCACAGAUUUGAAAUUGAAGCAUAGCAUCACAAAGCCUUGUAAGAAGGCCACUCACACUAAAUCAGAGCCUUUGACCAAAAGAAGGAAAUUGGUACUAUCUCAGGGCCAUUACAAGACCCCUGCCAAGUCCAAGAUCAAAACUCCGCCUUCAAUCUAUGGUUCUCACGCUAAUGCAUCUUCUUUUUCAUGCUCCCAUGGUGGGAGCGAAAGCUUGGGCUCAGCUGCAGAUACGAACAUCACGGAUACCACUACACCAAUACGCAACAUAAUAAGCACAAAGCAUUUCUAUAGUCAUAAUCGCACCAUGUAUCAGAGACAAGAAACUCCUACAAGCAUCAAGGCCGCUAAAUCUUUAAUUCACCUUUUCACAAGUAACCAAUAG